AUGAAACCAGCAAACUUGGAUAUGGAAAUCGAACAAGUUGAUUUCCCAAAACUGAGAGAUCCAAUUAUGGUACCAGAAAGUGUCGAUAAACUUACUUUUGAAGCCAUCCCAGAAAUCGAUAAUAAUAAUAGUAAAUAUCUUGGGCAUCGAAACAAUUCAAAUUGUGUAUUUAAAACCAUUCGAUCAGUUGUCAGUUACAACGCUAAAAAUAAUGGUUUUAAAUUUCAUGAACAUGAUUAUCAAACCAUUUCAAAAAUCAAGUACCUAGAGACAACAGACAUACCAACAUCUCUUGAAUUGUUCCCAAACUUGACCAAAUUAGAUAUUAGAGAUUGUUCAAUUCCAUACGAUGCCCUCAUGUUUCUUAAACUUGCAGAGGCAUUAAAAGGAAAAUCGAUCACCAAACUCUACUUUCCAUCAAACUGCAUCAGUGCCUAUUCGAUACUAUCUGAAGAUAUCAAGCUCUCUCUACGAUGCAUUGUAACCAAUCUCUCACAAGAUGUCAACUUGAACGAGUUUCCAAAUUUGGUUGCAUUGGUUGUACUCGAUUGUAGCUCAACUACUAUUGGUCAAACUUUAAAAAACUACCAUCUAAAAUCAAAAAGAUUACAACCAAUCAACAAGCAAUAUUAA